AUGGUCGUCCUCGCUGCAUCCAUCUGUACCCGCGGAGGUAAAGCUGUUCUUUCGCGCCAAUUUCGGGAUAUUCCUCGCUCGCGCAUUGAAGCUCUCCUGGCCUCGUUCCCCAAGCUUGCGGACUCGCAGACCCAGCAUACUACGGUCGAACAGGACAAUGUGCGAUUUGUGUACCAGCCAUUGGAUGAGCUCUACAUGGUUCUCAUUACCAAUCGUCAAUCGAACAUUUUGCAAGACAUCGACAGUUUGCAUCUCUUUGCGCAAGUGACCACAAGCAUCUGCAAGAGUCUCGACGAACGAGAGAUCCUCCGCAAUGCGUUCGAGCUGCUCAGCGCAUAUGAUGAGCUGGUGACAUUGGGAUACCGAGAGAAUCUGUCGCUCGCGCAGAUCAAAACAUUCCUGGAGAUGGAAAGUAGCGAGGAGCGUAUUCAAGAGAUCAUUGAGCGGAACAAAGAACUUGAGGCCAGCGAAGAACGCAAACGUAAAGCCAAGCAAUUGGAGAUGCAGCGCAAGGAAGCUGCUCGCUCAAGCCGUGGUGCAGCUCCGCGCGCACCCAACUAUCCUGCCUACACACCUCCCGCGCGCCCGUCGGUUCCCGAGACUUUUGAUUCUUAUGAGGCGGAAAAGAAGAAGACCUUCGCCAAGCCGCUCCCCACUCGUGGCAAGGGCAUGCAGCUUGGCAAGAAGUCCAAGGCGACCGAUAUCUAUGAGAAGGUUCGCGGCGAUUUAGGCCCGCAAAUCGAAGAGUCCAGCCCACUGGUCACUCCUCAGGCGUCGACUCCGGUGCAAGAACCCUCCUCUGCUCGCGUUUCUCUCACAGGAGACCGUGAGCCUGUUCAUGUCACAAUCGCCGAGACCAUCUCCGCCACGCUUACUCGUGAAGGUGUGGUCAAGUCAUUCGAGGUCAAGGGUGACCUCCAACUUCGCAUUACCGACCCCGCUUUCACCAAGAUUCGUCUGGACCUCAGGGCCAAUCCUACCCAGGGUGCCCAGUUCCGGACUCAUCCAAAUGUCGACAAGGCCCUUUUCACAAACACAUCAGCCAUUCAGCUGAAGGAUACUACAAAACGGUUCCCUGCCAAUAACUCAAUCGGUGUGCUAAAGUGGCGCGUGGCAAGCACGGCUGACAAUGCCGAGCUCCUUCCCAUCACUUUCACUGUGUGGGUGAACAAAGGAUCCGACUCAACCACUGUCACCGUGGAAUAUGAGCUGAACGGCACAGACAGUUUGCGUGAUGUUGUGGUCACAAUUCCCUACGGUUCGUCAGAACCUGCGGUCGCCAGCUUCGAUGCGGUCUAUGAGGUGUCUGGCGAUAGCCUGGACUGGAAUCUCGGCACAGUAGACGAGUCAAACUCUUCGGGUAGCUUCGAAUUCGAGUCUACAGGGGAUGGCGAUGAGAACGAGUUCUUCCCCAUGAGUGUUCGCUUCACCAAGACCGAGCCAUUUGUUGAUGUCGAUGUGCUCGAUGCAUUGUUGCUGGAGAUGGGCGGUGAAAGUACCGGGUUCUCCAAGGACAUCAGCAGUGUGGCGGAGAACUACCUGAUUGAAUAA